CCCCACACGUCCACGAGCGCUCCAUUCUCCCCGACAAGCCCAUCAUUGCACUACCGCCACGAACGUCCCGGCUCCGGAAGCGCCGUCCGCUCCUAUUAUAGCUGCAGCUGCAGCUCGCCGGCGACACCGACUCGUGCGCUGUGACACCCCCCAGCUGUGUCCACGCGAAUAGAAACACAUUGUGACCAUGAACCCACGAGUCGAGGAAGUGUCCGACUCGGACUCGGACCCCCCAGAGAUGGAGAUCGACGAUGCUUCGGCGCUGAUUAGCCCAGCCCGCAUCCCGGCCUCGGCGCUGCCCUCUGACAUGUCUGAGAUGUUGCAGCCCCAGGCUCCGGGCGUCACCGCGUCUGCCGACCGCGAGAAGUCGAAGCAUUUCCAGUGCCUAUACCCAAUCUACUUCGACAAGUCUCGCACGCGGGCCGAAGGACGCCGAGUGGGGGCUGAGCUGGCCGUGGAGAACCCGCUGGCGCGCGAGAUGGCCGAUGCUACUGCAAGCCUAGGUCUUCAAACCGUGUUUGAACCCGACAAGCUACACCCGAAAGAUUGGAGCAACCCGGGUCGCGUCCGCGUUCUGUUGAGACAGGAUGGGAAACAGCUGAACAGGAACGUCAAGAACAAGCAUCAUCUCUAUAUUCUCAUAUCUCAGUACCUGAAGGCGCAUCCCACACAGAAGAACAGCCCGUUCAGACUCCCGAUUAGGGGUCUCCCGAUGCCCAAGGAAAUGCCGGAACCUGCCGUGCCCAAGGGAUGGAAACUGAACAAGAUUCUGCCGCUUCACUCCCCAGCACUCACGGGCGGCGGCGUCAGUGAGAAUUUUCUCCAGGAUAUGAUGGCUGAGAUGCAGGGAGAGAUGGGAGGCGCUGCAGGCGGAGGUGCCAUAGCUGCCGGCGGAGCUGGAGCCGGGGCAAGUAAAAGCAAAAAGGACAAAAAGAAAAAAUGAAAUGGAUACGCAUUAGCAGAGUUCGACAGCAGCAAGUAGAGGAGCGUCGACUGGGCUGCGAUUGGGCAUCGAUAGCGCAGGCAUGUUGCCUGUGAUGGGAUUCGCGCCGAUUAUGAGGGCGUUCAACAUGCAUGCAAUCGUGUGCAUGACACGUUGGCUGGGAAUACCUCCGUAUCCCUGAGUCAGUCG